AUGAUCCAAGGAGACGUCGUUGCAUGCUACGAAGGUGCAAGCGUACCCAGUGGAACAAGAUUCAGAGGCCUACACGCCACCGAGGAAAGGCUGCGAGCGUUCGACACAAUAUGGGCUGGCAUUGCAUCGCCCGAGACGCUGCCUGCCCCAGCACUAGAAGGCGACCAGAAGAUUCUUCCAGUGCAUGCUCAUAUCGAAGACCGAAACGGUGCGGGCACGGAGCCUAUCCAACCCUCGUCUCCUCCCCCGUCGCCCGCGCCACUGCGAAAGCGCGCACGAAUCGGGACCGUCAAUGCGCCAAUCCUGCUCUCAUCAGAUGCCCACAACGAAGACCACACCGAACCGGAGCCGAGGGCUGACGACCACAUCAAAGUCGUCUGCGCUUCGAAACUGUACAACGACAUGCCUUUCCGGCAGAAGGUCACCAAGGAUACAUACAUCUUCUUGCGGCAGAUGCGACCGGACCUUGUGCCUUGGACUGCUAGCAUAUGGGAUACGAACGCCGCUCGUGACGGCACGGUACUUGGCGGUUGCAUGUUCGCCUAA